CUAUUCUUAUCUGGUAAAGCCAAAGUUUGUGGUGCAAUCGAUACGUUGCGGUUUCUCAGUGGUAGGGCUGGAAACCGACUAGUUGCUGACCAAACAAGUAGUAGAAACGCUCGCAACCCCACAGCCGCCGUCGCGAUAGUUUAGUGUUUGUCCGCCGAGCUUUUGUGUACCCGAAAGUCGCGUCCAGACGAGCGCAGCACGUAUCAUUCGGAUCUCGCAUUCUGCCUAUUUUGUGCCAACUAUAUAUCUAAUUUAUCAAUGCCGAAGCGAAAGGCCGCAGCAGCGGCUCUGUCGAGCCACGCCGGCUCAGAAGACGAGAGCAUGAUCCAGGCCGAUGGCGCACCCCAGGAACGACGCGACGGCGCCCGCCCGACGAAAAAGGCCAGGGGCAGGCCGCGGUCGAAGUCCACCGAAAUGCAGCCGUCACCACAGGUGAGAGGGGAGUCGAACAACAGGGCACCGGAGCCCGAGGGCUCUGGGAAGAAGAGCGGGAAAAGGGGUCGGCCAAAGGGUACCAGGAACUCGGUGCAGGCGGUGCCGCAGGACGAGCCGGAGGAGCAAAAUCGGGCCGCGGAAGCUGUGAGCGAAGCGGAAUCGCAUGCGGUGGAGUCUGCGCCGGUGUCGAAUGAUGAGCUGGCCGACGCGCCCAAACCUUCGAAGCGCACCAAGUCCUCGAAAUCGGGCAAGAAUGGCAGUUCUCGUGCGCGCAAGGCGGCCGACAAGCCCGUUAUCGCAGACGGCGAAUUCGAAUAUACCCCCUCGAGCAAGCGACGCCAACCAUCGCCGGACGGACGCGACGUACAACCAGAGAAGCCGCGAACGAGAGAGAAGGCGGGAUCGAAGGAUAAAAACCCCCUGGCGGAGGUUGAGAAUAACUUGCCAGAGGAUGCACCGGAAGAGGUGGAUGAGACCGUGCUUCAGGAAGCGCCAGUGGGAGCUGGCUCGCGCUCGGUUUCUCCAGCCAAGCGCAGGCAGUCUCAGAGAGAUGUGCGGGCUUCUCCGUCCAAAUUACGGACCAGUGACGAGCCCGAGCUGCGACGGAAGAUCGGGGAGCUGACGAAGAAAUGCGACACUCUUGAGAGUCGCUACCGGACUCUGAAAGAAAUCGGAAUUGUCGAAGCGAAUGCGAAUAUGGAGAAGCUACGGAAGCAGUGCGAAACCAUGACCACUGCCUCAAACAACUUGAUUGCCGCCUUGAAGGCUGAAUUAGAGGCUCAGAAAGCCCUGGGCCAGCAGAGUCGGAAGCUUCAGAAACAGUUGCAGGAACGGGACGCGGAGGUGGCUCAGCUUAAGACUCACGCCGAGGAUACUGAAAGCCAGCUCUCUUUUGCCCAGAACGAGGUCAAAGCACUGCAGACGAAACUUUCGGCUGCCCGCAACACUGCCGCGAGCCUCGAGAACGCGGCUGCCAAUAUGAAGGUUCCGGGCAGUGCGAUCAAGGGAGGCGCAAACCGCGCCACGGCUGCAGCAAACGCGGAAGCGGCGCAGGCGGCCCAGUUUGCGCAAUUGAAGGAAGAUCUCUACAGUGAUCUGACCGGGCUGAUCAUACGUGAUAUCAAAAAGCGUCCGGCAGAUACUCUCUACGACUGUAUCCAAACAGGCAGCAACGGGACUCUUCACUUCAAAUUGGUCGUCCCUCAUGUAUCAUCCACCAACUACGAGUCAGCUGAGUUCCAGUAUAUUCCGUUGUUGGACGAUAAACGCGACCGAGAUUUGAUCGAUAUUCUCCCCGAAUACCUGACCGUGGAUAUCACAUUCGCCCGCCAACAAGCAUCCAAGUUCUAUACCCGGGUAAUUGAUGUGCUGACCAAGCGUAGGAGUACUGCUGCCAAAUAAGGCCCUGGAGGCUACCGAGCAUAAUAAUUGUAUUGUGAAAUCUAUGUGGGGCUGUGUUGAGCGCGACCCUCGGCGAAGAUCUGACCGAGUCAUCGGGGAGCGCCGAGUCCGAAGUUGGAUAUGUUCUUGUCGAAGUGCCAUGUUUGUGGAGCAGCAGCAGCAGC